GAAAUUCGGUAUAAUUUUUAACUUUUUAUGCAUCAUCAUUUAGUAAAUAAAUUUAGUGAGCGAGCACGUCACUUUAAAACUCUAAACAUAACUGAUGACUGUUAUGAAAUUUCUAAACCUACACGUGGAGCACAGAAAUGAAAGUUUUACAAAAAUUCUAUGGAGCCUAAGCCACUACGACCACAUCGUCACAUCGUUGUCUUUUCCCUCUCUCACUCCUAACAUUCACUCAAAACACAGAAGCCUAUAGAAGCUAGAAGCUAGACACUAGACGAGUAGAUGGGCAAAGCCAACUGACCGAACCACUAGAAAAAGCACAUACAAUUCUCAUAAAGGAUGACAAUGGUGGCACACGUGGGACUCAUAUCGUUCUCUUCUUCCUUACCUUCUCUGCCUCGUCUUCCUCGUCUGUCCUCCACAAAGCACCGACCUUUAAUCAUGGCGGCAAUGAGUGAUGAUCCGGUUCGUAAAUGGAUUCUCACCGAAGGAAAUGCAACAGAGAUAAUAAGAAUUAGUCCUAUAGGCGGUGGUUGCAUCAAUCGUGCUAGUCGUCAUGACACUGAUGCUGGUUCUUUCUUUGUUAAAACAAACAGGAGCAUUGGACCAUCUAUGUUUGAGGGAGAGGCUCUUGGUUUAGGAGCCAUGUUUAAAACCGGAUCAAUUCGUGUCCCUAAGCCAUUCAAGGUUGGCCCUCUACCUACUGGUGGUUCUUACAUCAUUAUGGAGUUUAUCGACUUUGGUUUAUCCAGAGGUAAUCAGUCUGAUCUAGGCAGGAAGCUUGCUGAGAUGCAUAAGACUGGAAAAUCUGAGAAAGGUUUUGGUUUUGAAGUUAACAAUACAAUAGGCAGCACUCCGCAGAUAAACACUUGGUCAUCAGAUUGGAUUCAGUUUUAUGGGGAGCAUAGACUGGGUUAUCAGUUGCAGCUGGCCGUGGACCGAUAUGGUGAUAGUACCAUUUAUGAAAAAGGACACAGAUUAGUGAAGAGUAUGGGACCUCUCUUUGAUAAUAUAGUGAUUGAGCCAUGCCUGUUACAUGGGGACUUAUGGAGCGGAAAUAUCAGCUCUGACAAGAAGGGAGAGCCAGUUAUACUUGACCCGGCAUGUUACUAUGGACAUAAUGAGGCUGAAUUUGGAAUGUCGUGGUGUGCUGGCUUUGGUGGAUCUUUCUACAGUUCCUAUUUCGAGGUGAUGCCCAAGCAACCAGGGUUUGAGAAAAGGAAAGACCUCUACAUGUUGUAUCAUUACUUGAAUCAUUAUAACCUCUUUGGUUCUGGUUAUCGUUCCUCUGCAAUGUCCAUAAUAGAUGACUAUCUUCGGAUGUUAAAAGCUUAGGCAUUGUUUGAAAAUCCAUUUUCAGUCUUCAUUCUG